CCAGUUCUCGAGAAACCUUUACAAUAUUUACCAGUUUCUCUUACCCGUCCCGCCUUGACCAUCUUUCCUCUUCAAACUACACGCAGCUUUCUUUAAUCAUCAGGCCUAACCAGAGAUCCGUCCUCGCUCUGCCUGACAUGGCCAACCCUUCCCAACAGCGCCUUGCGCUGGCCAUCUGCGACUUCCUCACCACCUCGGUCACCGACGGCACCCUCCCCGCAGAGGACCAGGACUCUAUCGAUGUGGCCGUCAACUGCAUCGCCGAGGCCUUCAAUGUCGACCCUACUGACAAGGCUGCUGUGACUGAUGCCAUCGGAACCCAGAACCUCCAGAAGAUCUACGGUGCGUUUGAGAAGCUGCAGGCCGCCACCAAGCCCGCCCCGGCCCCCGCAGCUGCUGCUGCUACCCCCUCCUCGUCCACCGGCGUCACCGAAGAGGCCAAGAAGGAGGCCGAGUCCCUCAAGUCCAAGGGCAACGCCGCUAUGGCUCAGAAGGACUACAAGAAGGCCAUCGACCUGUACAGCCAGGCUUUAGCCCUCAACCCCGGCAAUGCCAUCUACCUGUCCAACCGCGCCGCUGCCUACAGCGCUGACAAGGACCACGAGAGUGCACGCGCCGACGCAGAGGCUGCCGUCGCCGUCGAGCCCACCUACACUAAAGCCUGGAGCCGCCUGGGCCUCGCCCGCUUCGCACUGGGCG